AUGGCAGCUGAACCCGGCAAAAAGCAACCAAGACGAGACUGGGACGGAGGACGAAACAACCACAAUCGAGACUUCAAGAAAGCUCUGAUCACACCACUCCUCAAGAAACCAUCCACCGAUCCAUCCGAUGUUACAAACUACCGACCGUCUGCUGCUUUCGACACAGUCAACCACCAGACACUAUUAUCAAAGCUGUCUGAGAUGGGCAUCUCUGGAACUGCCCUCUCUUGGUUCACGUCCUACCUGACUGGUAGAUCCUCCCAGGUCAACGAAAGAAUCUCUGCAUGCCUGGCUGACAUCUCCAAAUGGAUGACAUCCCACCACCUGAAGCUGAACCUCAGUAAAACGGAACUCCUCUUCAUCCCAGCCGGCCCUUCCCCCCUGCAUGACCUUUCCAUCACCGUCGAUGGCACCACAAUACCAUCCUCUCAGUCAGCAAAGAGCUUGGGCGUCACCCUCGACAGUAACCUGGACUUCAAGGAGUACAUUGCUCACACGUCACGGGCCUGCCGAUUCCUCCUCCACAACAUCAGGAGGAUUCGUCCGUUCCUAACCACAUACGCGACGCAGCUCCUUAUCCAGGCCACAGUUCUCCCUCGACUGGACUACUGCAACGCUCUCCUUGCAGGCCUCCCAGCAUGCACCACCCAGCCUCUCCAGCUCAUCCAGAAUGCAGCUGCCCGACUGAUCUUCAACCUUCCCAAAUUCUCCCAUGUUACUCCCCUGCUGAAAUCCCUCCACUGGCUUCCUGUCGCUGCCAGGAUCAGAUUCAAGACCCUGACCCUUGCCUUCUCUGCAGUCAACAGGACAGCCCCUGCCUACCUCCAUGAACUCAUCCAGCCCUACACACCAGCCCGACCCCUGCGCUCAGCAGCAACUGGACGCCUUGCUCCCUGCAUGGUCAAGGCAGGAGGUGCUCGUUCUGCCAGACAUCGGCGUUUCACCUACAUCACUCCCCAGUGGUGGAACGAACUCCCGGUCUCGCUACGGACAGCUUCUUCACCCCAGUCCUUCAGAUGGGGCCUGAAGACGCACCUCUUCAGACUC